AGGACGUGAUUUGAGUCGAGUGUGGUACUCGUCCUAGCAAAUUAGUGGAAGCUCAUAUCCAUAACAAAUUAUAAUUUGGAUACUGAAAAUUGGUGCAUGACGCACACGUAGCUAAUUGUACCCCCACAUCUUUCGACUUUCCUCCACCGGAAUUGGACAUUUCUACUUUCUCUGUUUUGAGUGUUCUGAGGGACAUUCCAAACCAUUGCCAAAAAUAAUAAUACACAAGAUUGGGUUGAAGCUUUUAAAGUUAAAUCGUACCACAGCUGCUAUAAAGCCGGCGGAGCUUGCCAUGAAUUUGACGGAAGAGUUAAUGCGCCGCCGGGAAGAGAGACGCCGUUUUAUAUUUGUUGGUACACUCGACACCUCAGCGGUUGUCAUUCCGAUACAACAAUGACAUUAUAUUGAGACAGGUAGAGCAUAUUGUCUCAUGCGCGUGUAACAGAAACAGCGAGCAACACUGAAGUCGGAGUUUCCGAGCUACAAUUGCUAACAGAGAUACUUGCAAUUCAGGUGAGAGGGUUGUUUCGGGGCUUAGGCAUGGGGGUUAAAAUCUCGCCACCACCCGCAGUACCAUCGCCACCGGCACCACCACCAGCACCUCCGGAGGAAGGUGGUUUUCUUCCUGAAAUUCAUCAGGCCAUUUUGACAGGCAUACACUUUGACCUUCCGACGUCCAGGAAAGUUAUUAAGGUGUCGGUGUCAUCUAUUCAACAUGCAAGUCAGUUAUCAAGUGAUCGACUUGGCUUGCCUGUAAAAUCUAAUAAAUGUGAAACAUGCGGAAGCGACAAGCUUCAUGAUUGUGAUGGUCAUUUUGGUCAUUUGAAGCUCCCAACACCAGUAUAUCAUCCGCUCUAUGUGCAUGAAGUUAAACGCAUUCUUGGAAAGAUAUGUCUGAAUUGCUUUCAACUGAAGAAGCAGAAUGGAAGAAAAGGGAAGAAUAGAAAGUCAGGUGAUCCUAUAAAGGAUAUACUGGAAGGCUGUGAUUCUAUGUUGAGUUUUGACGAUCACAAAAUUGAAGCUACAAGCUUUUCAGAGCUGAAAAGUGUUGGUGGCAAGUUUGAUUGGAGCAAAGUUGGAAGUGAUAUAAAUUCAACAGCUAAUAUUAAUUUUUCUGGCAUUGCUAUGAAAAAGGAACCUGAAGAUGUAAGUGUUCCACUUCAUUCCACUGUCUAUAUUGAUAGGUCAAUGAAGAAACAAAAAUAUGGUAAAGUAGGGAAGAUUUCAAAGACAUCAAAGGGUUCUGUGGAUUGUACCAAUUUGGCCUCAUCUACUGUUAAAGAUGUGACUUCUAAGAGACAAAAGAAUGGUUCAGAGACACAGAAUUUGAAGGCAACUAAGGGGAAGUCAUUUUUCAUGCACAAUGCUGCAGCUUCUGGGAAACAGAAAACAAAGCAAAAUGAUUUAAUAAAUGAGGAGGUCUCAUUUGCACACAGUGGAUUGAAAACCAUGUCUCGAAACAAAAAAGCUUGUCCAUACUGCCAGGUGAUCAAUGAAUCUGAUGCAGAUUCAUAUCCUGAUGUUUCUGUUGAUAUGGUUGGCAAAGAUGAUGGUAUUCAGAGGAUAGAGCUGAAAAUAUCUGACAAAAGUACACCUCCCACUGACUUCUGGCAUUUUGUAGACAAAUAUGGUUAUCGAUCUAGUGAUAAUUAUUCUCGGAGCCUACUCCCUUUUGAGGCUAUGAAGAUCCUGGAACAAAUACCUGACAAGGUUCUGAAGAAGCUAGGCACAAAUGAGUCUGUAAAACAGCCAGGGGCAUUUAUUUUAGAGUGCCUUCCAGUACCUCCGAACUGUGUACGGAUUCCUGAUAUGUGGACAAAGACAACAAUAAUGGCAUCAGAUAAUGCGACACUAGUGUUAAGGAAAAUACUUAAUGUUUCUGAGGAGAUUAGAGGCUCACGAUCCGGAAAAGUUAGCUUCAUGUCUCACGAAGCUGAGUUUAAGGAGCUACAGUCCUUGGUCACACAGUAUCUACGAGUAAAGGGUGCUCCAAAGGUACCUGGGAGCAAGGAACCUCUAAUCAAUUUGGGAAGAUUAACAAAAAGCACUGAUUCAUUUUCUAACAUGUGGCUGGACAAAAUUCGGUCGAUUUUUCUUAAGAAAAGUUGUGGUCUAUCAUCUCGUGCUAUAAUAACAGGAGAUGCAUAUACAAGUAUAAACGAAAUAGGUAUUCCUGCAGAAAUUGCAAAGAGAGUGACAAUAGAGGAGUGUGUCAACAUCUACAACAAGGACAGGUUACAGAGAAUUGUGGAUAAAGGACACUGCAGAACCUUUGUGGAUAAGGAUGGAAAGCAUUGUUCAAAUGAGUUUGUGAAAACAUUAAAAAAAAUUGAAAUUGGUGAGGUCAUCAAUCGUGGGCUCCAAGAUGGGGACAUUGUUUUAAUUAACCGAGCUCCAACUAUCCACAAGCACUCAUUGCUGGCCCUGAGAGCAUAUAUUCAUCCUGGACGUACUAUGAUAAUAAAUCCUCUUAUAUGUGCCCCGCUUGGUGCAGAUUUUGAUGGAGACUGCCUUCAUGUUUUUUAUCCAAAAUCUCUUGAAUCUCGAGCCGAGCUUUCUGUACUAUUAACUGUGGAUCAGCAACUGUUUAACUCUCAUUGUGGAGAGGCAAAUUUUGCUCUAACAGUUGAUACUGCUCUUGCUGCAAAUCUUCUACCUUGUAUUUCCCUUAUAAAUAAAACUACUAUGUAUCAGUUGUCCAUGUGGACUUCAGCAAGUUUACCUGGGCCAGCAAUAUUUAAGGUGCAUGAUGGAGGGCCAUUUUGGACGGUAAACCAGAUUCUUCAGAUGGCUAUGCCACCUGAUUUCAAUUGCAUUGAGAAAGAAUUUUCCAUAAAUAAUAGUGAAAUAAUAUCCUCCAAUGUAAGCCAAAUGAAAUCGCAAACAUUUUCAGAAUUGUUCAAUGCUAUUGCUCGACACAAAGGUCCAAAGACAGCUGUUAAGAGUAUGGACAUGGUUGAAUGUUGUUUGAUUGAGUGGCUGUCCCAAGAAGGAUUUAGUACAGGCCUUGAUGACUUGGUUGUUAUAUGUGAUAUAUCCUGCAGAAACAAAUUUAUGAAGGAGAUGGAGAACAAGCUCAAUGCAAUUUCUCAGCUUAUGAAGCACAUGAGAGGAGCAUACGUGAAUGCUAUAGUAUCACAAGUGCAAAAACAUUUAAUUGAAGUUCAAGAAUCAAUUACAAAGGUCAUGUCAAGUACAAAUUCUUAUGUUUUGAUGGUGGAAAGUGGAAACGCUCGAUCUAUAAGUAAAGUGGUUCAGCAGGUUGGAUUUUUAGGGCUUCAGUUGUUCCCAGGAAGGCAGGCUUUUCCUAGUGAAUGGCGCAACAGGCUUUCUUCACACAUUCCAUUUACUGGUUCUUAUUCCUUUGACUGCGAUGGGAAAUAUGAUUCACCGGAGGUUUACGGUUUGAUCAAAUCAUCAUUUGUUAAUGGAUUGAACCCUUGCGAGGCAUUUAUACAUUCUCUCUCAUGUAGAGAAGGUCUUUUGGGUCAGAAAAUGGGAUUAAGAGAACCAGGAACACUUUUCAAAAACUUAAUGGCCUUUCUGCGUGAUUUAACAAUUUUCUAUGAUGGAACAGUCAGGAAUGCAUGUGGAAAAUUUCUGGUUCAAUUCCAAUAUGGAAGCAGAAGCUGUUUAGGAACUGAUCAUUUGCCACAACAGUGCAACUAUGAAAAUAGAUUGGAUGCAUUACCUCCAGGAGAACCUGUAGGUAUACUUGCUGGCACAGCAAUUGCAAACCCAGCCUAUAAAAUGCUGUCAGGUGCUGCUCAAAAUGGCAUAUCACCAUUGGAUAUCCUUAAGGAAACAUUAAUGAGGACAUAUUCUCCUUUGCGACCAAAUGUUCAUCCGGAAAUUCGAGCAAGUGAUCGACGGGUAAUUCUUCACAUGAAAAAUUGCUGCAGUGAUGAAAGACAUUGUGAGCAGAAAGCUGCAAUAAUUCAAGAGCAUCUAAAGAAGGUUCCUUUGAAGGACUUUGCUGUAUGCAUUUUUAUUGAAUACCAAAAAAACUGGGAAGAGUGCUUAAUUAAGACUCCAUUUAUUGGUCACAUUCAGUUAGACAAGAGGUUAUUGGAGGAAGAAAGGCUAACGUUGGAAUCAUUGCACAACAAUUUGAAUGCGAGAAUUUGCAAGAAGAUGCAUUGCCUGAAUGGGCUGUCAAACAAAAUUAUAUUGCAUACUUGCAAUUCUUGCAACACUGCACAAAAAUAUGGAGGAAAGGAUUAUGAGAUGCCUUGCUUACAUUUUGCCUUGCGAAAUGAUUCAAUGCCCCAUAAAGAAAGCAUCAUUGAUACGCUGAUUAAUGUUGUAUAUCCAAAUUUGUUGGAAACCUCAACCAAGGGUGAUGAUCGAAUUGCAAAUAUACACAUCUCAUGGAACAAUGAAAGCUUGGAAACGUGGGUUCCUCGCCCUCUGUAUUCUCGGAAGAAGGAUAAGGGAGAGAUUAUGAUAGAAGUAGUAGUUGAGGCAAAUGUAGUCAAGAAACGUUGUGAUGCUUGGAAGAUCGUCUUUGAUGCAUGCUUACCUUAUAUUAGUUUUCUGGAUCUCAACAAAUGUGUUCCAUACAGCAUUCAUGAAGUAUAUAAAUUAAUUGGAAUAUCAUGUGCCUAUCAGCUAAUUAUACAGCGACUUUCUGUAGCACUGGAGAUGGUCGGAAAGAAUGUGUUCAAGGAACACUUGCUAUUGCUUUCUGAUUGCAUCACAUAUACAGGAAAUAUUAUUGGAUUUAACCCUGCUGGCUACAGAGACUUCUAUCACUUUAUGGAUUUUCCGGUACCCUUCACAGAAGGUACAUUGAAGGUGCCUAUCAAAUGCUUUGGCAAAGCAGCUCAGAGAGGGGUGAGAGACACCCUUUCUGAUGCAGUUGCAUGUUGUUCAUGGGGUAAACGGGCACCAGUAGGUACAGGUUCGAAUUUUGAUAUCAUAUGGCAUGAUAUGGAGGAAGUGAAAGAACCAGUGGAACUGCAACAUAAAGAGAUGGACGUCUGUGAAUUCCUUGAAAUUGUAGGUGUAGCACCAUGCACAAAUGUUGCACCAUCAAGCUUGUGUUUAGGGACAGAUUUUGAUGAGCCAACUUUACCAUGUCAAGAGGAUAGUUCUGUGAAAAUUUUGGCUAAUGUUUGGGAUUCCAAGCCCAGAUCGUCAAUGGACAUGGAUAGCUGGGGUGAAAAUUCUAGAAGUCAGAACCAGCUGGAAGAAAAGGAAUUGCAGGUUGAGGGUUGGAACAAUCCUAGUUGCGAAGAAGUUGAAAAAACAGGUUGGAAUGCCGAUUCAAAUAUUGAGCAUAUUAAGAAAAAUAAUGGCGAGUGUUUGCAAGCUGGUGUACAGUCUGGUUGGGAACACCUUGAAACACCAGAUACAGAUGAUGGAUGGAAUAGUAGGAAAGAAACUACCAUGGAAGAUAAAACUAAUCUUACUGAAAAUGCUUUGGAGCUAAAGGAACACAACUUGGAACCUUAUAGAGGCACAUAUGAUGGGGUAACUAGUUUGAACAAAGAUUCCAAGACAAAUGAGAAAAUAUUGGAUUCUUGUAGUGGUUGGGAUGGAAUUUCCAGUGAUCAGAAGCUGGUUGGAUCAGAGGAGUUGCAUAUGGAUGGAUGGAACAGCAAAAUGGAAACUGAACUGAAAGUACCAGGUUGGGAUGGUGAAUGUAAUGAUGUGAAAAAUAGUUAUAUGGAAGAUAAUUUUAACCCUAAACAGUUUACACAGGUGAGGGAACACAAUACAAAAGAUAUCUCAGGAGACAAACAAGCUAGGAGUGACUCUUUGCAGUUUGGAUAUCAAGGAGGUGAUGCUUCUGCAAAAUUCAGACCAACUGGGGCAAACACGGUUCCACUUGGAAGGAAAAGACAAUCUAGUCAAACUUUAUCAGUACCGACAGUUGAGCUACAUGGAGGUUUUCAUCAGAAAUUUCAAGUUCAAGAUUCAUCUAAUAAUGGUUGGAACUCAGAUACUCUGGACUUGAGCACUGAAAUAGGUUCAGAUGGUGGGUGGAAUAGCAACCAAUCUGUGGAAGUUGAGGCUGAACCAUACUUUUCUCAGCCUUCUCAGGAAAUUCCUGAGCAAAAUAAAGUCCUUGCUGAAGAUACAAACAAUGAUGGCUGGAAUCCAGUGGCCCUGGACUUAAACAUCAAUGCAGGCUGGGAAAGUGACUGGAGUAGUAAACAAUCGAUAGCAAUUGAGACUGAUACACCUUUUUGUCAGCCUUCUUGGGGAUCAAGUGAACGGAAAUUGGAUGGUAACGUUCCAGAGGCUACCUUGAAGACAACUGAACUAAGUGAAGGUUAUGGUAGGGGCAGGGGUAGGGGCAGAGGUUGUAGAGAUAGGGGAGGUAGGGGUGGUAGAGACAGAGGCAGUAGCGGCAGGGGUGACAGAGCCUGGGAAAGUGACUGGAAUAAUAAUCAAUCAACAACAUUUGAAGAUUUGACCAAUAAUUUUAAUGCUGAAGAUACAACCAAUAAUGGCUGGAAUUCAGAGAUAAUGGACCAAAACAUUCAAAAAGGCUCAUCGACUGAACCUGCUGAUUCCCAGCCUUCUUGUUGGGCUGGAAAAGAAAAAAUACAUGUUGAAAAGUCAACUAAUGAUGUCAGGAAUCCUUGGACCCUAGAAUCAGAUAUUAAAACUGGCCUGGGAAGUGAUUGGAAUAGUAAGCAAUUUAUGGAUAGUGAACCUUGUCUUUUGAAGCAUUCUUGGCAACAUCCUGAACACAGUAUGGAGUUAAAAAGUGAAGGUCACAGUAGGGGUAUGGGAGGUGAAGAUAGAGGCAGUACAGAUAGGGGUGUUAGGGGUAGGUAUGACAGAGGUAGAGGUAGAGGAGCAAGACAGUUUACAUCCAGUACAAAGUAUCCAAACCUACUUAUUGCACGAGAAAAUGAAAUCCUUCAAGAUGUCCAACCACUGAUGCAAUCAAUGAAGAAAAUUCUGUUCCAAAGCAGCUAUCAGGAUGGAGACAAAUUAACAACUGAAGAUGAAAAAGAAGUAACAGGAAAAGUUCUUUGUCACCAUCCUGAAAAGGAAGCGAAAAUUGGGAGUGGCAUUGACUAUGUAAUGGUUGAUAGACAUCACGACUUCACAAUGAGCAGAUGUUUAUUCAUUGUACGGAAGGAUGGAUCAAAAUCAGAUUUCUCGUACAAGAAAUGCUUGAAAAAUCUUGUUCAGGAAAGAUUUCCUGAUUCUGCAGAAGAUUUUGCUAAAAAGUACUUUUAAAUCAUAGAAAAAGAUGCAAUGGUAAUGUCCAAUCUUUUUGCUUUAUAGAAGGAAGCAAUAGUGUUGCCUUUUUGAAUGUUAUACAAACUGGUAGUCAGUUCCAUUAUCAGAGGGACUCUUUAAAUGAAUUAUUGUUAAAUUGAAUGGAAUGCCUUCUUUCAAUGUUCCAUCAUAAAAAAAUAGAAUUCCUCUAUAAAUAUGAUGUUCUGUUUGUAUGAUAAUCUUUGUCCAGUGAAGGAUGAUUUCGUGUU